AUGAGGAGCUCCUCCACGUAUAGGGCCGUCGUCGCGGCGCCGCUGCUACUACUGCUGCUUCUGCUGAUGCUCCUGGUGGUCGAGGCGCCUGGGUAUGCCGAGGCCAGGAUGCACCUCGACGCUGUGAAAUCAUGGUCAGAUAAGCUUGGAUUUGAGCUUCUACAACUUGGUAAAUUCGUAACAAAGAUCGACAAAUUUCACGAGAAUUUCCAUAAGGAGGGUGAAAUUAAAAUUAACGAUGGUAAAAUCGUCGUCGAAAAGAUUGCGAAAAACAUUGAAGGGAUGAUGAACUCCAAAGUAGACGCUAUACAGCGCAUAAUGGACGUGGCGGAGUCGUCGGCCCUCUCGGGCUCCAUGUCCGAUGCUCCAGAAGAUUUGCCAGACGAUAAGUACGAGUACAAGGACGCCAAGAACCAUUCGCAGGUGAUGACGAACUACAGCGAACACUUUGGGAGCGAAGUGAACCUCGACUACUCGGCCGUCCAUGUGCCAACGACCGUCUACGGCCGCUCCAAGGAGGUCCUACGCGCCAUUCGCUGGUCCGAGGAGCUCGACGAUACCUUCAAGAACAACUACAGGACGGAUCCGUCGCUCUCUUGGCAGUACUUUGGCAGCUCGACGGGCUUCAUGCGCCAAUAUCCGGCCAUCAAUUGGAAACCCAACGGUAGCGAUCCCCAUGAUCCCGACCUUUACGACUGCCGUACAAGGAGCUGGUACAUCGAGGCCGCGACGAGCCCAAAGGAUGUGCUCAUCCUUGUCGACACCUCGGGCAGUAUGACCGGCAUGAGGAAGGAGAUUGCUCGUCACGUUGUCAAUAAUAUACUGGAUACUUUGGGCAACAACGACUUCGUUAAUAUCAUCAAAUUCUCCAACGUCACGGAAUUGGUAGUGCCGUGCUUCGGCUACAACCUCGUCCAGGCUAAUCUAGCGAACAUACGCGAGCUGAAGAACGGUAUAUCCGAGAUGAAUACAGAGCGGAUCGCCAACUUCUCCAUGAUUCUCACCUACGCCUUCGAGCUGCUGGAAGAGUUUCGACUCGAGAAGCGCGGCGCCUACUGCAAUCAGGCGAUAAUGUUGAUAACGGACGGCGUACCCGAGGACUUCAAGGAGAUAUUCCAGCACUACAAUUGGAUGGGCAAGGAGGACAGUUCGGAGGCGCCCGACGUACCGGUGCGAAUUUUCACGUACCUGAUUGGCAGGGAGAUUGCGGACGUGAAGGACUCGCGUUCGAUCGCCUGCUCCAAUCGCGGAUACUUCGUACAUCUCUCGACCUUGGCUGAGGUUCGCGAGCAGGUAUUGAACUAUAUAGCCGUGAUGGCUCGACCUCUGGUGCUCAACCUCACCAUCCAUCCGACCAUAUGGACGCCCGUUUAUGCCGAUAUCGCCGAUCCGAAAAUCACCGAUUGGCUGUGGGAUAAAAAGGAGCGUUACGAUCAGAAGGAGCGCUAUUGGAUUUAUCGGAGAAAUAAAAGACUGAUGUUUUUGGAGAAGGAACUGGCACAAUACGACAAGAGAAGCAGAAAGCAUACGAAUAUGGCUACUGACAUGUAUAAGUACAGGCUUAUGACAUCUGUCAGUAUGCCAGUGUUUGAUCGACGCGAGAAUGCCAACAUCACAGAACAAGUGCUGGUGAAAAACGCCUACUGGGUUACACAAACAAGAGAGACGAGAAUCGCCAAUCUACUUGGUGUUGCCGGUACCGAUAUUCCAGUCGACGACAUUAAGCAGCUUAUGCUACCACACGAGCUGGGCGUUCACGGCUAUGCAUUUAUCGUGACCAACAAUGGCUACAUCCUCACUCAUCCGGAUCUUAGACCAGUGUUUCAAGGGAUUUUGAAGCCAGCUUAUAACAGUGUGGACAUGGCUGAGGUCGAACUAAUCGAUGGUGACGAUAUUACGAGGGAAUUUAAUGAAUUACUUCUAAAGUUUCGAGAGGAUGUGAUCGAUCAAAAGAAUCACAGCGACGUCCACAUGUUCACCAAAUAUCAUUACGAUAAUAUGAAACGGGUCGGCAGGUUAAAAAGGAAAUACGAUUCCGCGCGAAUUGGAAAUACGCCUUUCACUGUGGUAGUCAGUUUGCCCUUGUAUAAUAGUAUAGAUGCAACGUAUCGUGUGCAUGCACCUAAAGACGUACGUCGCUUGAAAUUUGACGAUAUAACCGCAGAGAAAUACUUUGAGGGUAAAAACUGGCGAGUGCAUCCGGAUUGGCUAUAUUGCAAAUAUCACUUUGAGAAUGCCUACAAUUUUGCCACGCCAGAGGAAGAAUUGAAGCACUUUUUGAAAAAGGCCACGCAACCCUUCUGGAAUUGGGGCACAAAGCCCUCUGAGCAAUCGACUCAGAACGGUAAGAAAACGGAUGAAAAUAUGGAUUCCCGUUAUUGCGAGAGGGAUCUUAUAUUGAAUCUGGUGUUUGACGCGAUGGUGACUGAGCGAUUCGGCGAUCCGCUCACCAGUCGCGAUGACAAAGGACCUUUAGAUAUGCUGAUGACGCUUCUGUCCAGGGCGGACUUUCAUCAGCGCUUUGGGUAUACUCUCGCCUUCGUGGCGACCCGGAGUGGCCUCACGAGAUGGCAGGACUUUCUCAUCGACGAGACGGAAGUGCCGAGCGAACCGCCCCCCAACCACUUCAGCCGAAUGCAUCCGCGUGCGAUCGACGAAGUCUGGUACAAGAGGGCGGUCGAACAGCACUACGUGCAGCCCGAGAGCUUCGUGUUCUCGAUACCCAUCGACGACGAUGGAGCCACCAACUCCACCCUCGUCACCGCCAGUCGAGCUAUAUUCAUCGGGAACGAAACGAUGGAGGCGCCUGCGGCUGUCGUCGGCUUUCAAAUGACUCAUACCGCCCUCCAGGGUAUCUUCCAGAACAUCACCUACUCGUGUAACGGCUACCGGUGUAGGAGACACUGCGGGGACGAGAAUGUCGAAUGCUAUCUCGUCGAUAAUCAUGCCUUUAUCAUAGCGGCCAAGAGGGCCUCGACAGCCGGUCGCUUCCUUGGCGACGUCAACGGCCACGUUAUGAAGAGCCUCGUGGAAACCGAAGUCUUCGAGAAGAUCAUCGUCUUUGAUUAUCAGGCUGUCUGUUUCAGAGAUACCCAAGAGACCAACGACGGCAAUAUUUUAUUAACGCCUUUGAGAACAUUAACCGUGUUGGCUUCGUGGUUAUAUGGUCAAAUAGCAUUAAUUUUAGCGAAAGUAGGUUUCUGGAGCCACGAUUAUGCCGAUGCCGUGUCUUAUAUGACCGAGGAAGAAAUGAAAUUAGACAAAUUCGCAGAAUCGGAGAAACCUCCGAUAGAACAGGAACCUUUGAACGACAGCGGCAAUAAACCAGCCACCGAGGCAAAAGACGAUCAAAUUUACGAUCAAUAUAUUCGAAUAAGGCGAACGAGACCCGAACCCUGUGAUCAAAAGGUGGAAUUGUAUUUAUAUCGCAACAUAACAUCGUCAAACACCAUUUACGACAACCCAAACAUGAAUAUAACUGGCUGUGACUACCUCAAGUAUAUCGUUCAACCGGUGAACUUCACCAAUAUGAUCCUGCUAGUGGUGGAUACGACCUGGUGCCAAGACGUCAUGCUCGCAAUGUCCGUCGAGCCGCAGGAAAUCACAUACACGCAAAAUAGCUCACUGGCCUGCCAGAAGACUUUGAGCAGUCUGCCACGUCGCCGGCCUCAGACCUGCGUACGCACUCAUCCGAAGGAGAGCGAGAUCAAGGACUUGUGUGGCCGGGCCAUGAGCAACUCGCCCCUCGACCUUCGACUGCUAGGCUUCGCGACCCUCCUCGCCACCAUGGCUCUCCCAAAUCAUUGA